GCCACGUUUCUACCUGGGCGCCUGAUAGUAAUCUGGUCUGUUCCAUUAAACGCAUUACAAUAAAAGUUCCCUGGGCAAACAUUGAUUGAGCGUCUACUAUGCACCAGGUUCUGGACCAAGUACUGGGGAUGCAGCAGGGUACAAAACACGAUAACCCUGGCCUCAUGCAGUUUAUUCGUUCAGGGAGACAGGACUCUCAACAAGAUAACUAUGUAAAAUACAGAGUGCCUUCCGUGACACCUGUCAUGGAGAAAAAAAGAAAAAAUCCAGGAAGGAUUAUAAAGGGACAGGAUUACUGGGGUGACGGGUGGGCCUCAAUUUUCUCCCCAUGCCGGGCCUGCGUAUUCUAGGAGUUCUGUAGUGAUUAAGUUCUGUAUUGAUUGAGUUCUGUGAGAAAACGAGGUCAGCUUCAAGGGCGUCUUUUGACCACUUUAAAGUCUUUGGCUUUUCUGAGAUGGAAGCCCUGGGAAGGUUUUGAGCAGAGGAGGGUCGUGAUCAUAUACAUUGACUCUGCUCUUAGACCUGAGAUCGUCUUUAAAACCAAAUAGCCAACCGUCUUGCCUCCCUCGGAUGGGGCCUCCUCGAACUUCCCUCCUCAAGGCUGCUCUCUCUGAUCACUGUUUGAAGUGGUAUCAACACCCUGCCCCACCCUUCAACCCUGCAAGUUUUCUUUUCUUCCUGGCACCAACCACAUCAGAUCUACAACUGUUUGUUUACUGUCCUCUCACCCCUUCCCCCAACACAAGCCCCCUGAGGUCAGGGCCAGGGUCAGUCCGCCCCUGCCGUGUCCCCAAGCCCAGCACUGAGGGAAUUUCACAUGCUAAUCUCCACUGCAGGCCUGAGGGUUCCUCAUAUUGUUAUUCAGGUCUCAGCUCAAUUGUCCUCCUGAGAGCAGAGGACCUCCCUGACCACAGGAUCUAAAGGAGCCCCACCCUGCUGAAGGCCUUACAAUUUACACUCCAUGACCUCCAUCUGUCCCCAGUUCCCUCCUGGGCCUCAGGUUUCCCAUCUGUUACCUAAGGUGGCUUCCUCAGUGCCACCUACCCUGACCACCCAACCUCCCUCAACCCUGCCACCCAUUACCCCAUUGCCCUUAUUUUAUUCCUUUUACAUCCUUGUCAAGCCCUGAAGGAUCUUGUCGAUGUAUUUGUUCAUGUAAUAAGCUGUGGUGUCCCUCUCAGCCUCCCUAGAAUGUAGGUUCUGAGAUGGCAGGAGCGGAGUCUGUCUUGUUCACAAAUAGAGCCCCUAAUCGUUCAUAGUUCAGUUAACAAAUUGUGUACUGAGCUCCUGCUAUGUGCAUUCUUUCAAUAGAUAUUUGCAGAGGGUCUGCGUACCAGGCACCGGGUCUUGGGGGUCCCCUGGGAAGCCAAGGCCCACAAGGCCCUGCCUUACUGAAACCGUGUGGAAGAAGUGAAUUCUGAGCCCACAGCAGCGCGUUUCCACCUCAGGCCAUACAUUUUGCCUUUCAGGACCUCAGUUUCCCCCUGUGUAAGAUGGGGCUGCGGGGAGGGCUGCAGGAAUGACCGCCUCUGGUCUCUCCCAGCUGCUGCUCUCCAAGGCUUUUUGCGUGGCUGCUGAGAGCAUGAUCAAGUAGGGAAGGUGGGGUUCGGACUGGAGGUGAGGGGUAGGAGUGUGCACGUGUAGGGGGAUGGGGGUGCCAAGUCCAAUCUGCACUUAACUCAGACGGGAGGCGCCUCAAUUUCUUCUUCUGUAAAAUGGGUAUCCUGGACGUCCCCACCUCGCAGACUGGUGGAUCAGCUCUAAGCGCUGGGCCAAGCCGCUGGCAGGAUGGCGCCCGGGUCUGUGCUGGCUUCCGAGCCCGCGAGCCCGCCCGAGACCACGUGGGGCGUUGGCGGCGCGGGCGGAACCCAGGCUCGGCGGCUCGCGGCCCGCCCGGGCCUCUGCAGCUGGGGCGCCGGCGGAAGUGGGGGCUCCAGCCGCUGCAGACCUCGGAUCCUUUCUUGCAAGGAGCUGACAGUUGAGCUGCAGAGACAGGAAGAGCCUCACAAGAAGAAGGACAAUCCCAAUCACCCCUCCAGGAUAAUGCAGACUCCACUGACCACUACUGUGCCCGUGCUCCGGCUCCCCCGGGGCCCUGAUGGCUUGAGCCGAGGCUUUGCGCCCGACGGACGCAGAGCCCUCCUGAAACCGGUGGUUCCUGAAAUCCCGGAGUCUCAAGAAUCUCGGGAAUCCCAGGAACAGCGGGCCCGAGCCGCCCUUCGGGAGCGCUACCUCCGCAGCCUGCUGGCCAUGGUGGGGCGCCAGGUGAGCUUCACGUUGCACGAGGGUGUGCAUGUGACCGCCCACUUCGGAGCCACUGACCUGGACGUGGCCAACUUCUACGUGUCGCAGCUGCAGACUCCGAUAGGCGUGCAGGCUGAGGCGCUGCUCCGGUGUAGUGACAUUAUCUCAUACACCUUCAAACCGUAAAGAUGUGAUCGUGUUCAUCUUUCUUCCUUGGGCGUAGCCACAGCCUCCCAGGCCUCCAUAUUCUCCUGAGCUUGGACCUCAGGGCCCCAGAGAGUUCGGAACACCCUUGGAAUUUUGAGCCAAGCUUCAAGCAACUCUGGCUUCUUGGGACAGUAAAAUUCUGCGGCCCCAGGAGUUCUAGAUCCUCUUGAAAGGAAGGCUGUACCUCACAGAACUCUAAACUGUACAGAUACAUGGGCCUCAUGCCCAUUCCUGAAGAUUCCGGGUGGAGAAAGGGAAUAAAGGAAGGCAAAUUGUCUAGUG